AUGUCGAUGUACUCAGAUGAUGAUGAAAAUCUUACAUCAGACGAAGAUUUUCAAGAGUUGGUUUACAAGAUUGCGUUUCCGCGCCGAAAAAAAAAAUUUAGACAUCGAAUAGAUCAUUUUGUAGAAUGGAAUGAACAAGAAUUUUUAGAUCGAUUUCGUCUCUCGAAAUCAACCGUUAUGUAUUUAGUUGAAAAACUAAAAUCUAAAAUCAGUUCACGAACUACCAGAAAUAAUGCACUCACUGCACGCGAAAAAGUACUGUUAACGCUACGAUAUUACGCUACAGGCUCAAUGAUAAAAGUAGCUGCAGAUUUUGUUGGCGUACACGAGUCUACUGCCAGCCGCGUUAUCCGACUCGUCUCCUACUAUUUGGCGCGUCUGAGACCAGAAUUUAUCGAGUACCCAACCUCUGAAGAAGAACUAAGUGAAAUACGGCAAGGAUUUUUCAAUAUUGCACAGUUCCCUCGGUGUAUUGGCGCAGUCGACUGCACUCACGUAAAAAUACUAUCUCCUGGUGGCCAGGAUGCUGAAAUUUUUCGCAACAGAAAACGUUUCUUUUCAUAUAACGUUCAAGCUGUAUGCGAUUCUAACCUGCGAUUUCUAAACGUUGUCUGUCGAUGGCCUGGUAGUUCACAUGAUUCUACAAUAUUUAAUAAUUCAUCUAUAAAGUAUAAAUUUGAAGAUGGAGAAUUCGGAAAUGACUUGUUGGUGGGUGAUGGAGGAUAUGGUGUUCGGAAUUACCUCAUUACUCCACUUCGAAAUCCCAUCACUGCCGCUGAAAAAAAAUUCAAUUUCGCACAAAUUCGAACCAGAAACCCCAUAGAACGCACUUUUGGGGUAUGGAAACGACGUUUUCCGAUUUUAGCGGUGGGUAUCAAUUUAGAAGUGACCUCUGUUGAAAUGGUGGUUACAGCUACUGCUGUAUUGCAUAACAUUGCAAGAUUUUUCGGUGAUGCAAUGCCUGCAGUGGAGCGUGGGAUUGAAAGGUUGGUGGAUUUAACGGAGUUUGAUGCCGAAGAAUUUGCUGUGCCACCAAUUAAUGUAAAUCAGAUCCAAAGAGAUACCUUAAUCAAUUACUUCGAUGCACUAUAAUUAAAAAUAAAAUUCUUUAUUGUUUAUGAAAUAAUUUUGAAACGGAGUAUGUAAUACGAAUUCAAUAAAAAAAACGAAGUUCUACAAGUUCUAUUCAAUGCAUUUCCCCAUGAAAUAUUAGUAAUAAAUAAUAAUAAGAUUUUCAGUUGUAUGUUGAUAAAAGGAAGAGAAAAAUGAAAAAUCAUGUUGCAAAACUUGAAUCAAAGUUCUUUUUUUAUUUGUUUUUUAAUCUCUUUUCCGGCAUUGCAAACCAUCUUCUUAUAGAAUGAACUGUUUCAGAGUGUUCUAAUUUUUCAAAAUAAUUUCACCCAUCUACGUUAGUAAUAGAAAAACUUGACCAACUUGAGAAAUAUGAACAAAAAACGCAUUUAUUUCUAGAAAAAAAAUGAGACCAAUACUUCUCAAAUGACUCAAAUUAAUAAUUAAAAAUGAAACAACGAACACAAUCGUGCUGCCGCAGCAGUGAAAUCACAUCAAUUGAAAAUAAAAAUAAUUAACACUCUUGUUGCCACAGCAAGGAGACAUCAAUUAAAAAUAAAAACACACUUGCUGCCACAGCAGUAAAAACACAUCGAUUCAUAAUAAAAGUAAUUAAGAAUUGCUUCCACCUUCCACAGCAGUAAAAACACAUUGAUUAAAAAUAAAAAUAAUUAACACUUACUGCCAGAACAGUAAAAACACAUCCA